AUGGUCUAUCAUCUCGAUCGACACACUUUCUGCACAAAAUAUUUCAAUCUGAUGCUGAUAUACUUUUCAUAUCCGUCUUUCGACUUUCACCAUCAACAUAUCAUUUCCGUCAAUCAGGAUUUUCAUCACAGGUCGAUGGGUCACGAUAGGUUUCAAAAACGUUCUAAGAAGGUGUUGGGUGUCAUCAUGAUGAAACCUUCCGAACAAAACUUGACUGCCAAUGGAGUCACUGUUCUUGCUCCUGUAUCGAGUGUUGAUAAGGCUGUCCUCAAGUCUCAGGGUUCUCAAGAAAGUUCUCAAGAUAUGAGCAUGGCAUUCAAAAACGAUUUCAACUCAUCAGAAAACAAAACAAAUCUUUCACAAAAACAUGCUGUUAACUAUACUGCCGACUUUAAUCAAUCUGUUUAUUUGCUUUCUUUUUGGUCUUCUUCGAACAACUUUUUACGCUUUGGAUUAACUGAGCCAACAAGUUAUACGAAUUCAAGUGAUACAAGUGCAAGUGUUGAAUCAGAUACAACCUCGGGAUUAUCGGUUGUACCUGAGAAUUCUUUGAAAAAUUCUAAACUGUCCAAAACUAUGGAUAUUGCACCAGUGAAUGCUUCAGCAGGUGAAUUGUUUCCCUUUCCUAUCUCAUUCAAAGAUGAAGAAAUUAAUCUGAGCUCUUUCCUCUUUCAUUUGGCCGCAGAUCACCUUACAAACUCUAAAAAACCAGAGACACACAAUCAGAAACAAGAAUUGACUAAAAAUGAACCCAGUACAAAUGAGAAUACUGAAGCAAAUAAGACUCCUACUGGAAGUAUUCUAGAUCAAAAACAGGGAAAUAAUUCUAAAAUCAAUGAUACUCAAUCUCAGAGUAAUGGAAAUCAAACCAAACCGGUAGAUGAUUGGCAAUACUUAGUUGAGUUUUGA